UUACUGAUGGUGUGAGCUGGGAAAGGAUUUGACAAGGCCUGGUCACCCUUCAGUGUAUGCAGCUAAUUCACCAAGUCACCAUCAUGCUGGACUUAGUGGUGGUGUUACCACCUAUUGCCCAUGUCCUUGUAAUACUAGACUCAGUGGUCCUGUUCCCAUCUAUUUCCCAUGUCCUUACAAUGCUAGACUCAGUGGUCCUGUUCCCACCUGUUGCCCAUGUCCCUUUAAAGCUAGAAUCAGUGGUCCUGUUCACACCUAUUUCCCAUGUUCUUAUAAUACUAGACUCAUUGGUGGUGUUCCCACCCAAUAGUCAUUUCCUCUUAAUACUAGACUUAGUGGUGGUGUUCCCACCUCUUGCCCAUGUCCCCAUAAUGCUAGAUUCAAUCGUGGUGUUCCCACCUAUUAGCAAUUUCCUUAUAAUGCUAGGCUUGGUCUUGGUGUUCUCACCUGUUACCCAUACGCUGCUCAUCUUAAUUAUAACAGUACGCGGGUUGUGUUUUUUUUUUUUUUUUGUUGGGGAGUCUAUUGUGACGGUUGUGGUUUUACAGGUGAUACAUUGCUCGCCAUCAGAGCUCCGUCGGGCACAUGUUUAGAGGUUCCAGUGCCAGAGGCAAUCAACGGGCAAAAGAAGUUUCAGAUUCACCUGAAGAGUUCCACGGGUCCCAUAGAGGUUCUUUUAGUUAAUAAAGACACUUCAAACUCUCCUCCAGUUGUUGUCCCUGUCCCACCUCCAGAAGAUAUUGUCCAAUCAAAUCCUGCAAUCACAAACACCCCCUCAUCAAGCUGCCCUCACCCAUGAAACAGAACCGAAGCCCCCCCCACCAGCUACACCUCAGAGCCCUGUUUCUGAAACGCAGGAAUGCCUUCCGUCCAGCCCAGCAGUGGAAGAUUCUGGUUCCACCCAUCUACCCAGUGUCGAUACCAGUUGCCCCCUCCAGUCUUCAGCCUCAUUAGACAGCAGUGUUGAUUUGCUAAAUCCAUCUACCUCAUUCCAGCCAAUCAAGUCUGACCCAUCAGACGUAUUGGAGUUACCCACCGAUCUCUCCGAAUUGUUUGACCCUACAAAAGAAUGCACAGCUUCAGACCUGCUGGAAGAGCUGAUGUCAUCUGAAGUGUUCGCUCCUCUGCUCAGACUCUCCCCACCCCCUGGAGACCACGACUAUGUCUACAACUUGGAUGAAAGUGAAGGAGUCUGCGACUUAUUUGACGUUCCCAUCAAUCUUUGA